UGAGCCUUCACCGUCCGUCCCCAUUCGUGGCGACCACAAACCUUGUGCUAUCCGCUCUCCUGAUCUGCCUGCGAUGUCUGCUUUCUUUGGCCUUGGCAAGACGCGCACCUUCAAGCCCCGGAAGGAUGUACCGGAGGGGACGAAGCAGUACCAGCUGCGCAAGUACGCGGAGGCGACGCUGGGCUCGGGGAACCUCCGCCUCGCAGUGCGUCUGCCUGAAGGGGAGGACUUGAACGAAUGGCUCGCGGUACACGCGGUGGACUUCUUCAACCAUCUGAAUAUGCUCUACGGCACGGUAACCGAGUUCUGCACGCCACAGGAGUGCCCGAUCAUGUCUGCGGGACCAAGGUACGAGUACCUGUGGGAGGAUGGCGUCCGGUACAAGAAGGCGACGAAGCUCCCGGCGCCAGAGUAUGUCGACGCCUUGAUGAACUGGGCGCAGGGGCUGCUCGACAAUGAGGAGCUGUUCCCAAGCGAGAUGGGGAAACCGUUCCCCAAGAACUUCCGGGACACCAUAGGACGACUGUUCCGGAGACUGUUCCGAGUGUACGCACACCUCUACAGCAACCAUUUCGAUCACAUAUGCGCACUUGGAAUCGAAGCACAUCUGAACACGAGCUACCGACACUUCUUCUUAUUCGUCAACGAGUUCGAUCUGGUGGACAAACGGGAGCUUGCGCCUCUGGACGAACUGAACGAGGCUAUUCUGGCGGAGGACAAGGGCCGGUAGGACGUGUUGGAAAGUGGGCGAUAGGGGUCGUUUGCCGUUUAGUGACAUGAAUGUACAGUAGAGCGCGCGAUAUUGCAGAUA